GCAGCAGAACCAGAACCAGGACCUGCAGAAGACACCAGACCAGCACACAGUAUGCAGUACAUUCGUUGUCCCGCCAUCUUGCUUCUCGUGGCGCUGGCCCUGUGCGGUCCAGGCGUUUCCACCCAGCCCGACAGAGACCAGGACCAGAACCAGGACCAGGACCUGGAGCUGGAGCUGAUCCACCACAGGCUGCUGCAGAGAGCACGCAGCGCCGGACUUCUGUCACAAGAGUGGAGUAAACGUGCCUUGGAGGAUCUCCUCGCUCAGAUGGGUCUGCCUGAGGCCGGGGCCCUGCGGGACGCCGAGGUGGUAUCCAUGGAAACAGGAGGAAAGGUCAACCUGGAGCGGUCCGCCGAGAACCCAAACAACCUGCCCCCCCGCGAACGCAAAGCCGGCUGCAAGAACUUCUACUGGAAGGGCUUCACUUCCUGUUGAAGCUUCACUUCCUGUUGAAGCCCC